GCUAGUCCCCACAAUGCAGUAGGCGUAGAGCACGAGGCAGUCGUGGCCCAGCUGGUGAGGAGGAGGGACACAGGAAGCAAUCCUGCCUCGUUUGGUGGUCCAAGGCGAGCGCGGUGGCCCUUUGGGCCCCGCCCCGCCCCGCCCACCGGCAGCCGGGCCAAGGCCCCAGCGGAGGUCCCGCGGACGCCUGCGCAAUGUAUCCUUACUGCCACCGCUGCCUCCGAUUCCGACUCCAGCAAUGGCGGACCGCUCCGCCGCCGGCGCUGGCGGCAGCACAUCCUUGAGGGAGAUGCCGGCACGGAAGGUAAUCUAUAGAUCUAUACUUAAAAAUGAUGAAAAACGAAGAUUAGCAGGAGAGAGACGGAAAGAGAAAAAAAGACAGCAAGCCAAUAAGGAGACACAGCUACUUGAAAAAGAAAGACAGACCAAGCUCCGAUGCCAGCAGCAGACGGAGGUAAAAAUGAGAAAGUACAGGGAGCGACAAGAGAAAGAUGAACGAAGGAGAAGAGCUGCAGAAGAAAAAAGACACCAGAAGGAUGAAGCGUUAAAGGAGCAAUUUAGAGCCAUUCUUCAACGAACAUUGGAAAGAAGGAGACUUACUAAUGAAUAUCAACAAAAAAGAUGGUCAUGGGGAGUCUCUGCCAUGGUGAAUUCUGAGAACAAAACUGCCAAUAAACGAUCUCUAUCUACUGAAAAACUUGAAAAAGGACCUUCUUUUGCUCUUAACAGACAAAUUCCUUUGACAUCUGAAGUCCUUGAAACUUGCUUUGCCAAAAGAAAAACCAACAAGGAGAAAAACUUGUCUUUAAAUAAAAGAAAUACCAAGGCACAUUCAUCUGCUGAUACAGAACAAGUGGAAAAGAAGCCAGGCGGCCCCAAGUAUGUAACGCAGUAUGUCACUAUGCCACUGCGUAAAUGUACUAGUGAUGAAUUGAGAGCUUUUAUGUUUCGCAUAUCGGCAGCAAAAAUACCUCCUCAAACUAAAGUAGAAGUUCCCUCAGAAGAAGUAGAGGCACCUCCCAAGACACCUCCCAAGAGUAUGGAUGCACCCUCCCCAGGGAAUAUCAAAAUAAUUUCCAACAGAAAAAUAGAGGCAAUCCCCAAGUUUAACUUUUACAUGGACACAAUCCGUGAGAAGAGCAUAGACUUAUCCCCUGUGGUGAGUGGGGACGUGUCAUCUGUCAUGAGCACAACUGAUUCUGAGUGGAGCACGGACACAUCCUCCAAGUUGAGCAUAGAAGCAGCCUCGAAGGUGCACCUGAGAACAGUUCCCAAGAAAUCAGAAACGGACCUACAGGCCUUAGACCGUGUUCCUAAGAAACAUCUAUCAUCAUACGGUGAAUGUUAUACAUCGUCGUUUUCUCCUGAAAAUGUUUGUGCUCCACCAUCUCCUGUCAGUUCUAAGAGUCAAAUCCAAAAGAACCAGCUUUCAUCACCUCUGCCGAAACAGUCAAAACAAUCAGCAGACCCUUCCCUUCCCUGUAAAAUGCCUCUUCAGUGGGACCAAUUUGUGCAGAGUGAAUCAAGCGCUGAUAAAAAUAAGAAAGAGUCAAAGUCUGAUAAGAAGAAUACUGUACGGUGUAUGAAUGACGAGAUAGAAAAACUUUUUGCCAGGCUACGUCGUCGCAUUGCUCGUCGACUAGGAUCAAGAGAGGAAGAAGAAGAACUAGAGGAAGAGAUGCAGCCAAGGGAUCUUUCUGACACCUGUAUCUCGUCAGACCGGGCCGUUAAGAAAUCAAAAGAUGUGGAAAAGAAAGAAGCUGAGUUAUUGGAAGCAGAAGAGUUCUUGAAACCCGAAGAUGGGCAACAACAAAAGGAGACUGAAGAGAAGAAGGGCUGGCCGGAUCAGGAAGACCAGGAAACACCACUUCAGGAAUGGGACACCAAAAUAAAAGCUCAAGAGGAAGACAACAAAUACAAGAAAGAAGUCGACAGAAUUAUGUUACAAAAUUUAAAAGAACACCUAGGAAGGAAAAAGAGAAUAGAAGAAAUUAUUAAGUGGAUGGGACAGACAGAUGUGAAUGCCUCCAAGGUCACAGAAACGCCCUGCCAUGACACAUAUGAGGAGGCUGAGGCUACCAGUGAAGAAAGUGACACAGACUCAUUGAAUGAAAUAUUUCUGUCAGGCACUUUAAAUGGCAAAGAUCCAUCUUCCAAAUUGAAAAAGUCAAUUAAGAAUGUCAAGAAGAUGCCACCCAAGCUGGUAUUUCUGCAAGACAGUGACAUCCAGGUCCAUAAAGAGCCAAAGACAUAUUUUAAUCGUGAUUUAAAAACCUUCAGACCAAAAAGAACGAAAUACACUUCAACACAGGCAGUAAUUUCAAGACCAUCUACCAAAAGAAUGACCAGUCGUACAACAAAAAUCAGAAAGGCAGAUGAAACCAAUACCACCAACAGAUCCUCUCCACAAACAAAAUCUGGAGGAUUCCAUGACAACUCGCCAAAGUCUUCAGACACCUUUAGACGACAAGAGAAGCAGCAAACCUGUUUAUCCUAUUCAGGAAGGGCCUCAUCUCAUCUACCUUUUUCUUGAAAGAUAUGUAAACUUUUCUCACCCUGGGAGGUAUAUACAUCGUCCACUUGGAUAACUCAACUCCUGGGCCAUCAGUCCUCAAAUUUUUUGCUUCUGACUUGAACCUGGCAAAGGAUGUGACACCGAAAAAUUAAGGAAGCUUCAGAAGGUCUCGAAGAUUCGCAAAUCAUCUUGUUCUCUUGUUUCUAAGCAAGAGUUCUGAGUAAAAUGUUUCUGCAUGCUCA